AAGCAGCGCAAUACUUUUUAACUAAUGUAGUUUCAGAAUCGUAAACUGCGUACAUUUAAAAGAAGGUACAGUUUAUUUUAUUCUCUCGGUUUUUUUGUUUGUUUGUUUUUUUCAAUAAAAAAAGCCGGAAGCGGAACAGACAAUCUGGAUAAACUGACGUUUGCUGUUGCUGGAUUAGGAUCAUCACAAGACGGAAAAGCAUGUGACACCGGACGGAGUACUGGACUCGAUUUAAAGCAUGAUCGGACCUAAACGCGAGGGAAACGGGUGUUAAACGGUGCUGAAAUGGUGCAUGUGUAUAACUGCCACCCGUUCGCGUGUCAGCGGAUCGUGCCGGCGGAGCAGGAGCCCGGGCUGGUGUGCUGCGGCGGGGGCGCGCUGUUCGUCGUCUCCGCGGGAGGAUGUAGGAUUGAGGCGUAUCACAUGCAGCAGCAGGAAUGUCCUCUAAUCUGCCGCUUUUCCACCAUGGGAAUAGUGCACAGCAUCGUGUACAGUCAGAUUGGAGAUUACCUGGUCACUAUUGAGGAGAAGAAUGGUGCCACCUAUCUGAGGGCAUACACCAACUGGCGCUACCAAGCAGCUGAGAAGAUGCGUGUAGGUGUUCGUUUGCUCGGGCACCUCAUGCGUGGCUCGGUCCUCCAUGGUAACCCCAAGGAACAAAUGGAGAUUGUAGAGAUACCAUUGUCGGAGACACCGCUCUGCACUGCCUGCUGCCCCAUAACAGGUGCCCUGCUGGUGGCCUGUCCCAAGAGCCUGGUGCUGUUUGGUCUGACGAGGCAGUCGCUUAGCGAUCAACUUAAUGCUCUUGACUUUGAAAGGCUCCUCAUCCUGUAUGUUUCUGGUUGGAGCCCAUUGCAGGUGGGUCUCUGUUGCGGAUACGUGGCCUUGCAAACGGAGCUGGAGGUGCUGGUGGUGAAGCUGGAAAACCUGGAAAAGAGAUGUGCAUCCAGUGAAGAGCAUGCCCAGCCCUCUGUUAAUGAUUUUGUUGCAACUGGAGUUACUGACAUCGUAGAUGAUAAAAAGGAACAACAGAGUCCCAUUGAGUCAGACGACUUCUUUGUCUUCCCAAAACAUCUGGAGUUGCUGGGAGAUAUGGCAAAAGAUUGUGGAGUGUCUUUGUCUUUAGAAUGGACUGGGAUGGAGACAGUGGCAAGCAACAUGGGAGUUACCUACAUCUUGUACAGGAGGUUCGCCCCAGAUUUCUUCCAGGGUUGCAGUGUAGAGGAGACACGCUUACACUCCCUGCAGCUUCACCCCAUGCACACUGGUAAUCCAGAUGAUGCGGUAAGCAGCGACGCUGAAAAGCGCGAUCCUGCCUGUGUGUUCUGUUUCUUUUCUCUGCCAAAUGCUGGUUACAUGUACAGCCUGAAGAACACUGUAGAGCUCGUCUCCACCUAUCAAUAUCCAGAAAAGGCCCAUCAGGCUUUGCUGUGCAACCAGUUUCUACAUGUCAUCACACGAAAUGCUCUGCAGUGUUUCACCGUGAGAUGCAGUGCUGUGGCUGCCCGAGUCGAGGACCCCUACAUUGACACCACCAUGAAGGCUUGUCCUCCCUUCACUAUGGAGGUUUGCGCCCUCCGUAUUCAGCUGUUCAUCGGUCUGAAGUCUCUGUGUCAUGACGGGAAUCACAUCGUGCUGCUCACAGCUGCUGACGUCGAGACCAAAGCGGAGACCGAGCGAGCGGCUAAAAAAACUAUGUCCAGGAAGACCUCAGUGUCAAAGAUUAAGGAGUCCAGCGAGAGUGGCCAUGGCUGGAACCUGUAUGUGAUAAGCACAGUGUCCACACUGCAGCUCUACAGAGAGAUGGUGGAGUACAGUAAACGGUAUGAGCAGACCAACCAGCUGUCCCGGGACUGUGUUCAUCUGCUAAGUGAGGCUCACCUGCUGCUCAGAGCCAGUCUACUCAGUCCGACCACAGACAGAGCCGAGAUCCAGCAGGCCUUUCAGGAGAGCUGUGCCCAGCUGGGAGACUGCUUCAGCAGGCUGGAUAGGAGGGAUUGUCACUUGGCUCUUCCAUACUACAAGAUGUCUGGCCUGUCAGUGACAGAAGUAAUUCGGAGGAACGCGGCCACAUGGAGAGGUCCCGUCCCAGAUUAUGGCAAAGGGUUCCUCUUCUUCCUUAAGCACUCUCUGUAUGAGGAAAACAUGGAAGAGCUCAGCGAAGAAACUGCUAACACUGUGUUGGAGAUCUUCAGUAAGGCUGAGCCAGGCCAGCUCCCAUAUAUAGUGAGCAGCUCAUUCAUGGGGAAUGCAAGUCCUGCCAGUGUCCUUGCACACCUGGAACAGCUGGAGCUCAGUGGAGCUCCAUCUGUCACAGUCACGCUGUGUAAGGCUUCUCAGGCACUGCGCUUAGGAGACCUGCUCCUCUACCAACAGCAGAUGGAUCGGCAUGCUGAGAUGCUGCAGGUGUAUGGCUUUAUAGAGGAGCCGAAACUUCUCAUGCAACGCAGAGAGAGAGCCGUGGUACCCACUCACCUGGCACGGCACCUGAGGGACACACAGGACGGCUUGUUGGUGGCUGCCAUUGUUGCACUUCAUGAAAAUAGCAAGGUUAAACUGCGGGAGGCUGAACUCUUCUUUCAGGAGUUGUGUAAGGACAGCACAGAGCCUCAGAGCAUUCCUCGGUUGCUGGUAGAUUUUUGGGAGGCUCUGCUGGUAGCAUCGUCUCAGGAAUCGGUCAUCCAGGAGCUUUUGUUCCACCUCAUCUCUGUAUACGUCGAGCACAUCAUGUGCGGAGAGCGCCCGGGCAUUAAAGCGCUUAAAACAGCUGAGGACUUGAUCAACUCUUGCUCUCACUAUGGGCCACUGUUCCCGUGGUUAAGCUUUUUAACUCCAGCUCAAUACCCCAUCACACAUGACCACCAAGAAGACCUGCAGAAACUCCAGUCUCUGCUGUGCGGUCCAACGCUGGACGUGUCCUCAAUUGUACCUCUGCUAGAACAGCUACCUGAUACUGACAACACUGGCUUAAGCGUGCACUUGCUCUGCACCACCAGACUGGGUCAGCAUGAGAACGCUAUAGAGAAGCUACUGGACCGCUGCCCUCAAGCCAUCAUCUCCUACGCCAACCACGAGUUCCAUAGUGACAAAAUGAUUUUGUGGUGGCAAAAACUGGUUCCUGAGCUUUGUAAGAGGACAAGACUUUCUUCAGAAGAUAACGGUGUUCUUAUCAGCGCUCUUAAAGAGACUCUGACAUUGGUGGCCAUGGAGCUGCACCCAGUAGAGUUUUUGGACUUGUUACCGGACGAUGGUACUGCACACUUCUUCCUGCCUCAUCUUCUCAAUUGCACCCAAAAACAUCUCCUUACAUAAAUGUCAGGACACUGUAUGAACUAAGAGUAAAACGAUAUAUCAUAUGACUGUAUAAGCUUAAUACACAGGAAUAAGAUUGUAUGGAUCCUAAAUUUUGUGUUUAAUUCUAUACGAUAAUAUUAACCAUAGAACAAUUUUAUUGUUCCUUAUCACAGGAACAAUCAUAUAGGUACAUGUUGCACCCCUAAUGUGGCAAAACACUAAGGAUAACCUUUAUUGUAGGCUUCUGUAUAGAAUAUGAUUUCAGGACCAGCUGACAUAUGCUGAAUUAUUGGUAAUUAAUUAGUUAUUCAGCUGUUAGUAAAGCUGAAUAAAUAAUUUAUCUAGAUAUUAUACGCUGCAUUUAACUGGACAGAGAGUAAAAGACUAGAUGCUGAACUGGAAGAGAAUUUUACUAAAUGCCUAGACUGUGCUACAAGGGGCGUUCAAGUCAAACUGGGACUUUUCAUGAGCAAAAGAAUGAAGGCAUGAAACUAAUUGAUAUUUACAGAAGAUUUCAAGCACAGUGCAGGGAUGAGACUCUUAAAACUCUUGCUGCAGUAAAACAUUUGAAUGGCGGAAACGUUUAAAAGAAGGCCAUUCAUUGUAAAAGACCGUCCUGGUCGAGGUGGCUCAGAGGCUACUGCAGUCUUUAAAAAUCAAUGUAUAUUUUGUUUCAUGCAUUUUUAGAAGGCGAGUGCACAUUGGGUACCAAGAGAGCUCUCUGCCUUUGGACAGAAAACAAGAUUGCUAAACUGCUUAGGAAUGUUUUGACACGGAAGGCCAGGAUGUCCGAUCAUGGCUCCAGCCUACUAAGAAAACUUUCCACAUUGAGGGUAUCCAAGCACUAGUGAAAUGCUGGGAUAAGUGUUUUAGAUCCGGUUUGAUGUGAACACCCCUUGUACAUUUUAAAUGGUAAUCAGAAUUCUGUAAUAUUUGAGCUGUAAUACCAUACGCCUCACAGCUCAUUCACUUUAGUUCCCAUUUUCCUAUUUAGUUCCUUACUUGGAAUAUAUUGCUUAGGUAGGUGCUAUAACUACAAAUCUGUGCAUAUAUUUCAUGGUGUGUGUUUUUUUUUUUUUUUUCCAUACCUGUGGUUACACUGAGAACUCUAAACUGCCAUGGAUCAUUUGAAACAGAUUAAAUCAGUAAUUGGGCAAUACCAUAUUCAGUAUGUAAUCUUACCACUAAAAGUUUUUUUUUUUUUUGUAUUGUUUUCACUGCAACACAUUUUGAGUUUUAACAAUUGAAUGAUUUUUUUUUUUUUAAGUAAACAUUAUAAUCAUGUGAGCUUAAGCAGGAACAACAUUGUGUUUGAUAAUGCUUCAGUGCGCUAGGGUUCUUUUAUAUCCUUUCUUAAUCUAUGCAGAUUUAAGUAGUAAUUACUGGAGUCCUCAGUUAUAACACUGGAGUCUUUUAGUUGUAUAGGCUAAAGCGAGAAGUGAUAAGAUGUGUAUGCCUUGGUUGGUUGCCUUGAUGGUUACUUUCCAGUCAUGGAUGUACUGUAAGUAUUUGCACUUUAAGCACUUAUCUUUAAUUUACCCAGUUGUGCUGAUAUUUAAACUGUUUUUAUUAUGUCUUCUUUUUCCUUCAAAGCUGUUUCUUUAUUAAACUAUACGAAAUGUCACAAUCUGUUGAGUGUUUUAAUGAUUUUAGUCUACAUUAAGCCAUUGCAAAUAUAGCCAUAUAGUUUUGUUGGAAUAUUGAACUU